AUGGCUCAAACGCGACACCCGCAGCAGCAGCAGCAGCAACCCCCGUCGCAAUUCUCUUCUCAACCCUUCCCUCCUGUAUCAUCACCAUCUCCUCAUGCUGCUUCUCCAGUAAACAGCAGUGUACCCCCGCCUCUUAAAAGGCCACGCCUGUCUCCUCUUCCUCCCUCUCAAGCACAAUCACCUUACGCCUCACCCAAUUUCAACUCUAUGCAAUCUCCCCAAGGCCAGCAACCCAUGAACGGAGCCACCACGAAUGGGAUUCACCAGAACCAAAUCCCUUCUAACCAGGCACCGCCAGCUCCGCCGGGCACCAUGGGUCCUCCUUCUCGUCCAGCAGAUAAGACUACAGAUGCGUCUGAGCUGACUGAUGUCCUGGCCAGCUCAGGUAUCGAUGUUCGCGAAGAAGAGGCCUUCCUGACGCACAGCUUUUCAGGGCCUACUGCGCAGGCGCAACAAGGUCCCCGAGGUCAGCAGUUGCAGCGACCACCCGGCAUUAACACUUCUUUCGCCUCUCAAACAUCCACAAACGGCACAAUUUCUGCGUCCAGCAGUUUUGGCGAGUUGCCCUAUUUGAAACCAGCCGCAUCACAGGAAUCAUUUUCUGGAUCUUUACAGACCCCCAUGCCCUACAAAGACCCAAAUCAACCCACCCGUGAAGAUAGUGAGGCUGCGAGACGAGCACAGUAUCAUCUCCAGGAUCCAUUUCUACUGUCCAAGCUUCUUGAACAGAAGAUUCAAAAGCGUGCGUUUGAUCUCGGAGUCCGUAUUCCUCCGGAGGGUGUCUUUCAUCCUGUUGGUCGGCCUCAGGCUAUUGAAGUGACUGGGCCAGAUGGAUCGUCGGUAGUGCGUACCGGUCAGACCAUCAUCAACCAAGACGGUGCCCCUUUAGUGGACAUUCUGAACCUUAUUUCUAUCUCUUGUGAGGAAAGACUAAGAGGAACAGUGGAUUAUGCCGCUAUUCUUGCUCGAAGCCGCCGAGCACACGCGGACGGUAUUGUUCCUGCGGAGUGGGUUGACGUCGCUGAGACCUCCAGCUUAGUGACUGACAAUAUCGCAACUCCUUCCAAACGUACGCAUCCUGAUUGUAUAAGAAGUGAUUGUUGCAUACUGACAUUGUAUAUAGGGCCUAAUCCCGGCAACUCUGAGCCAGGCCAGGAGCCGCCAUCGAAGAAAUAUCGAGGAAGUGUCAACAAGGACAGUGCCUUUGAGAGAAAAAUAGCCGCUCGGCGGGCCAAGCGCAGUGCCGAUGCAACUCUGAGCGAAGUCACUGGAAUGCGAUCUGAUUCAGUCGAUUACAUUGGAUCUGCCCCUUCAACUCCAAUUGCCGAUCGAGCACCCAGCUUUGACAGAAAAUCUAUUACCAAGAAAGAAGCCCGAAAAAUGGUGGAUACUAAGGCCAGCGAGGCCCAGCAGCAUCAACAGUCUGUGGAAACGGCCCGAAUGGCUACUAAUAGCAUGCUUUCUGGUCGCAUGUUUGGUACCAAAAAGACUUAUUCCUGGUUGAUUCCGGGAGGUGCCCCCCCCAGUGGCUUUUCGUCGCCCGCGCGACCGAGUCCUUCAACUCCUACUGCUACUCCGACUGAGAAGAUGAACCGUUCUGGACAGGCUGCGCCCAGCCAACCCAAACGGCGUAUUGGAACCUGGCGCGAAGAUGGGGCGUCGGGGGCUGGCAUCCAGAUCCGGGAUCUCCUAUUUACACUUGAGGCUGAUGGCCGCGGCAUCAAACAUGUGCAGCGAGCCUGUUUGAAGGAUCCCAAGGAGACCAAAUAA